GCAGUGAACGCUUUUAGGCAAAAUUCUUCGCCGCUUAUUCCCGGUAGUAAUGUAUGCACUUUUAGCAUUAGUGAAUUAGCAGCUGCGGUCAGCGUUACCACAACCUCUUCCAUGGUUGUUGCAGCGCUCACCAGCCGUUCCAUCAGAUCUUUUCAGCCGCCACAGCCCACAGUUGGUAUUCGUCCAGGAAAGCGUAGACGGUCGUCUCUCCUCUUCUUUUCGUUAUGUCCUUUAUCGAGACCAUUAUUGUCCCUGAUGACGAGGGAAACCUGUCGGCAGAACAUGGCCGUUCCGUAGUUAACAGCACCCAAUGUCUAGAUGGUAGGGAGAAGAAGAGAAUCCAAAAUCGUAUUGCUCAGAGAACGAAUCGUCGCCAUAUGAAAAUGAAGCUAGAAGUACUCCAAGAAAAAAUAAAGACACAUGAGAAGAAUAUUAAGGAACCAGCCAAAGUCCAGUCAUCUAGCUCAACUUCAGUAUCACCCACAGCAUCUACCACAGUAGACUCGAUAUGUCCGGUGCCGGCGGUACGGGAUGAUCAUGCAACGAUUUUUGAGUUUCUUAUGACGCCACUACCUGAUGUUGGUGACGGCUGUCCUUCACAUGAGAUCGAGGCCGUGAACCAAGCAACGUUCGUCAACCCCGAUAGUUCAACCGCAGCCUUCUCGCUAGAUAUCCCGCCCUGGACUUGGAACACAACACCCGGUUUGCAAGAACCUCCAGCUCCUAUGUCAUUAUGUUCUACGUCUGGCGCACCGGCGAGAUUGGAAUUGGACGCAUUCUGCUCGCCACAAAGCCUUCAUGGCCCGAGGCCCAACAAAGAAGCUCACCUAUGCUUGUCCGACUACCUCACCGACAUGCCACAAGAGGAAGUCCAGCGAAACGUGGAUACAACUGUUCCCCUUCAGGAACGUCUCCGUUAUAUCAAAGAUCAGGCCGUAGCUAUGGGCUUUCGCACUUUUGACGAGGUCAUUGCAGCAUACUACACAGAGUUGUUUGAGCCUACUUCUCCAUUGUACAAGGAACAGAGAUUAAGCCGCAACCGGCGACUACCUCAGCUUCUGAACACCUUCCACAACGCGGCUAAGGACUGGGCCGAAUGGGAGCGUCGAGGGUUCCGCGAACAGAUUACCCAAGGCGCCGAAGAGAUUCUUGUCGAGGAGUUGAAUUCGUACAUUGCGCGGCAUUCGUUUAGCGCUGCUGGUGAACGACUCGCAUCCUAUGGCCUAGAAUGCAAGCAUGCUGGAAGGAGAGACCGUCAGGAGAGACGGGAAGUUCAGGACGACCUUCCAAACCUUUGGGCUUUAGCAAUAGCUCUACUAUCAAGAGAUAACACACUCGAUCAAAAUGCCCGCCGAGACACGGUGCUCACUGUCAUCGAGACGUUGUGCUUCGACCAAAGUGAAAACCUCGAAGGUCGAUUACAACGGGAAGGGGAGGCAGUUGUUCACAUUAAUAGCACUGGAAGUUCUUGCUCUUAAUCUUACAAUAACUGCAAUAGAUUUUAGGAGCAAAGAUGCAAUAGAAUCCCUGGUCGUACCCUCCUAGUCAUACACACAGCUAUAUGUAUACAGUAGCCAUGCACAAAUACACACACAUACACCACAAACUAUAUGGAUCUUUCCUAUAUUGGCAUGCACUGAAAAGGGCGAGAUUGGCUGCGUUGAUGGCCUAGAUUGAUGCACCCUUACUUUGAGAACAUAGAUGGUCGC